UUGACUUUACACUCAACACUUGCAUUGGUCCUAACAAGAAAGAAAGAAAGCAAUCUCAGCCUCUACAUUUCCGUUCUUUGUUAGUUUGUAGAUUUUGUCUUUGAUGACAGAUAAAGGAUAAACGAGCAGCCGGAGGUGCUGUUCUGAAAGCUCUCUUGUUGACCUUGUUCAUGGCUAGCUCCUGGUCACAGUGUCCUCCUUUUGAGUUUUCAAGCAAGUACUACCACGUGGCAGGAGAUGGUGGUGGCUGUGUGAGGCAAACCAGCUUCUUUGGAGGCAAACCCGUGCUCAAUCAGGGCGUUGGUUAUUCUGUGAUUCUUGGCUUUGGAGCCUUCUUUGCUGUCUUCACAUCUUUCCUGGUAUGGCUGGAGAAGCGAUAUGUUGGUUCCAAGCACACAUCCGAAUGGUUCAACACUGCAGGAAGAAAUGUUAAAACAGGACUCAUUGCCAGUGUGAUUGUAUCCCAGUGGACUUGGGCUGCUACAAUCUUGCAAAGUUCAAAUGUUGCUUGGGAGUAUGGAGUAAGUGGACCUUUCUGGUAUGCUAGCGGGGCUACAAUUCAGGUACUCUUGUUUGGUAUAAUAGCUAUAGAGAUCAAGAGAAAGGCUCCUCAUGCUCACACUGUUUGCGAAAUAGUGAAAGCUCGCUGGGGCACAGCAGCACACAUUGUCUUCCUCAGUUUCUGCUUUUUGACAAACAUUAUUGUAACUGCAAUGCUGCUGCUCGGAGGUUCAGCUGUCGUAAAUGCACUUACAGGAGUAAACAUCUAUGCUGCUAGCUUCCUGAUACCUCUUGGAGUAAUUGUCUACACAUUAGCUGGAGGACUAAAAGCUACCUUCUUGGCAAGCUACAUACAUUCUGUUAUAGUUCAUGUGGUACUAGUCAUAUUCGUUUACCUUGUAUACAUUGCAAGCAGUGAGCUCGGUAGCCCCAGCAUCGUGUACAACCGUCUGGUAGAGUUAGCAAGUAAAUCAAGGAUUUGUAAGGAGCCUGUUUCUCAUCAUGGACAGUCUUGUGGUCCUGCUAGUGGGAAUUAUAAAGGGUCGUACUUAACAAUGUUGAGUUCUGGAGGGCUAGUGUUUGGGAUUAUCAACAUAGUCGGAAACUUUGGCACUGUUUUUGUUGAUAAUGGAUACUGGGUAAGUGCAAUAGCUGCAUGGCCUUCAUCAACGCAUAAGGGCUACCUGCUAGGUGGACUUGUCUGGUUUGCAGUCCCAUUCUCAUUGGCAACAUCAUUGGGACUGGGAGCAUUGGCACUUGAUCUACCAAUUACAGAAAGUGAAGCAAGUCGCGGACUUGUUCCUCCUGCCACAGCUAUAGCUUUGAUGGGAAAAGGAGGAUCUGUGCUUCUUCUUACUAUGCUUUUCAUGGCAGUGACAUCAGCUGGUUCUUCAGAGCUUAUAGCAGUAUCCUCAUUAUGCACAUAUGAUAUCUACCGUACAUACAUAAACCCAGAAGCAAGCGGGAAGAAAAUCCUCCAGGUAUCAAGGGGUGUCAUCCUUGCUUUUGGAUGCUUUAUGGGGAUGUUAGCAGUAAUACUAAACAAGGCUGGAGUUUCAUUGGGUUGGAUGUAUCUGGCCAUGGGAGUGAGCAUUGUUGGCUGUGUUCUUGGAAUCAUCACUUGGCUAUCUGUUACAAAAAUCGAGUAUGGCCGCGUAAAUCUUGACACAACUGGUCGAAACGCGCCAAUGCUUUCUGGAAACCUUGUCUCUAUACUUACUGGUGGAGCCAUACAUGCUAUCUGCAGCUUCUUGUCACCACAAAACUAUGAUUGGGGCACCACUAAGAAGAUCACUGUGGUUGAGAAAGAAAAGAGUGAUCUACCAGCAGAAGAGUACAAGGAGGAAAAAUUGUUGAGAGCAAAGGCAUGGAUUGUGAAAUGGGGUGUUGGCUUUACUGUGGUCAUUGUUUUAUUGUGGCCUCUUCUCACUCUUCCAGCAGGGGAUUUCAGUUUAGGGUACUUCACAUUCUGGGCAGUCAUUGCAAUAGCAUGGGGUACGAUAGGUUCGAUUGCAAUCAUUGCAUUACCGAUAGUAGAAAGCUGGGAAACGAUCAGGAGUGUCAUUCUCGGCAUGUUUACAAAUGACAGGCUCAUGGAAAAGGUUGAGGAAAUGAAUUUGAGGCUGCACACAAUCAUGCUGGCUAUACCUGAAUCAGAGAAGAUUUACUUGCUUGAGAAAGAGAAGGCUAAAAGGAAAGAAGCAUCAGAGCAAGAAACCUCUUUUUCUGCUGUAGGACAAGCAUGAGACUUGGUCAGCGGUUGAAGACUACAUAUAGUGGCAAUCAAAUUGGCUUUAAUUUAACCAAUCAUAUGAAUGUGCUUUUUCUGGGGAUAAUGCUUGGGUUACUGAGGAUCAAUGUUGAGCCUCUUAACUCCUUUCCGCAUUUGUGAAGCAUUUAAUCAAACUGUAAUCUUUGACAACAAAAAAAUCAAGCUGUAAUGAAGAACAUUAUCAAGCAACAGCUUUUGAAGUUCACUGCAUGAAGUGGAUGAAUUGGUAUGAGUCUUUUCAUUUCAACAUUUUCAGCAUCUUUUGGACUCA